AAUCGCUGAUGUUAUUACACGUAUACAUGCUGGGCUAGCAAAAGGACAUGGGCUGCCCAGGCCCAACAAGAAGCCGGCUCCUUUAUAGGCAGCCCCUUUAUUCCUUGCCCUCCACGACGCGUCUUGUAAAGUUGUAACGAACCGAACCGGAACGUAACCUCUGUCUCGUCAACGACCUCGUCCGUCGCGCCCGAGGCGAGGAAGCAACCCGCCCCAGUUUCGCGCUAUGGCGACGGCGACGUCAUCGAGGCGCGUGUCGGUGCCGGCCCUGGCGGCCGCCGCCGUGCUCCUGCUCGCGUCCGUAGCCGCGGCCGACGACCACAACGGCGUCUACGACCCCUGCGCGGACGCGUCGGUGCAGCGCGGCGACGGGUUCACCUUCGGGGUGGUCUUCUCCGGGCGCGACUCCUUCUCCUCCGGCGGCGUGCAGCUCUCCCCCUGCGACAGCCGCCUCGGGCUCGCCAACCGCGCGCAGGUCGCGCUGUUCCGCCCCCAGGUCGACGAGAUUUCGCUCCUCACCGUCAACUCCUCCUCCUUCGACCCGUCUUCUUCUGGUGUGUACAUGGUGGCUUUCGCCGGGAAGAAAUACGCAGCGAGGUCACCCCCUGUGUUCGUCGGCAACAUCUCGUACACGGUGACCGGCUUCACCCUGGUCCUGGAGUUCCAGAAGGGCACGCUCCAGAACCUGUUCUGGAAGGCCGGCGGGUGCUCGUCGUGCUCCGGGCGCUCCGACUUCGCGUGCGUGGACGGCAGCUGCGCGGUCAGGACGGCGAGCUGCAGGGGCAAGGGCGGGCAGGUGGAGUGCAGCCCCGGGAUCCAGCUCGCGUUCUCCGGCACGGACAGGCACGAGGCCGUGCUCAACUCGUGGUACGAGGUGUCCAAGCUCCGGCAGUACUCCCUGUUCGGGCUCUUCUCCAACCUCAAGGACUCGCUGACCAACCAGUUCAGCAGCUUCUUCUAGAGCUGCAGUGCUAGCUGCCACGUCUCUCUGUCCUCCUCUGUCCCGUUGUAUGGUUAUCAUGUAGAGUAUGCUUAGCGAAGAGCACUUCUCCUGUAGUUCUGUUUCUGGUGACAGAAGAAAUAUGUAUGUGCUCAACGGCUAUCAGAUUAGUCCUAUAUAUAUGUGCAGUUUAUAAUUCAUAUGAGACGGUGUAAGUUACCGUGA